AUGGUUAAACGAAGCAAGCUCCUCCAGGCUCUCGAUGCCCACAAGGGUCGCGACUAUGAUGCCGAGAAGCAAAAGAAACAAGUCAAGGCCGCAGUGAAGCGUAAAGGCGUGACGACCACCGACAGCCCGGCAAAGGCCAAGGAGACCAAGCAAACAAAGGAGGAAGUUGCCGUGAGCUCCGAGGCCGAGGAGGACGACGAUGAGGAGGAGGAGGAGGAAGAGGAGGAGAUUGAGGCUGAGGAGUCCGACGAAGAAAACGCCGAAGAGGAGGACGAUGAGGAAGAAGAAGAGGAGGAUAUCCCACUAUCAGACCUUGAAGAAGACGAACGUGAGGAUGUUGUCCCCCACCAACGCCUGACUAUCAACAACUCCGCCGCUAUCACCGCCUCCCUCAAGCGCAUCUCCUUCAUCACAUCGCAGACCCCAUUCUCCGAGCACAACUCCCUCGUGUCGAAAGAGCCGAUCGAGGUUGAAGACGCCAAUGACGAUUUGAACCGCGAAUUGGCAUUCUACAAGGUCUGCCAAGCUGCCGCAACCCAGGCCCGUGGUCUGCUGAAGAAGGAGGGAAUUCCCUUCACCCGUCCCGGUGACUACUUCGCAGAGAUGGUUAAGAACGACGAGCACAUGAACUUGAUCAAGAAGAAGCUGUACGAUGAGGCAGCCGGCAAGAAGGCCGCUGCUGAGGCGCGCCGCCAGCGUGACCUGAAGAAAUUCGGCAAGCAGGUGCAGGUCGCCAAGCUGCAGCAGAGAGCCAAGGAAAAGCGGGAGACUCUUGAAAAGAUCAACACCCUGAAGAAGAAGCGCAAGGCUGAUACUUCUGCUCCCACCGACGACGCCAAGGAUCUCUUCGAUGUCGCCAUUGAGGAUGCUGGCCCAACUGAGAACCGCAAGCGUGGUCGCGGUGAGGGUGGUGCCAACAAGCGUCAAAAGAAGGACUCUAAGUUUGGCUUCGGUGGUAAGAAGCGCCAUGCCAAGAGCGGUGAUGCCGCUUCCAGCGGUGACAUGAGCAAGUUCUCUACCAAGAAGAUGAAGGCUGGUGGUGCUAAGCGCCCUGGCAAGAGCAAGCGUGCCCAAGGCCGUAUGUAA